CUCAGCGUGCAUAAGUGUCUUUGCAAAACAAAACCCUAACUAGUAAUGGCUAACCCAACCAUUAUCAACUCCUGAAAAGUGGUUUUUAAUCUUAUCUCUUCGGUAAUAUUCUCUCUUAUAUCAAAAUCAAAGUGUUUUGUCGUGGUUUCUUUCUCUUUGACCCACUCGUGCAUAACUCAGCUAAACAGUUAUUUUUCUUAUAUUCUAGGUGGAGAUGAAGAUAGGAAGCAAGUGAGUGCAAAAAAGCGGAACAGAGAUGAAGUUUCUGAGAAGAUUAAGAAUAAGGUGUCCCACUGUCAGUGUUCGAGAGCAAAGGACAUCAUUCCCUUUGCUGGAGCACCUGCAGAAAAUUAGCAGGUUGAGACCCUAAUAACUCACCUAUAAAAGUGUCUCUUAUCCAUUUAGCAUUGGAGUGCAUUGCAUGUCUUGUCCAGGAGGCCGAUACCCUAGCCAACCUAACCCCUAAAAGUUUCUCUUAUUGUGUUCUGUUCCUGAUGGACAACAAUUCAGAUCUCAAAAUUGGUGCUAUUGCAGAGCCACCUCCUCAAAUCGGCGAGAACGAGAGUGAGAAUGAAGAUGAGAAGCAAGUGAGUGCAAAGAAGCAGAAGAGAGAUGAGGUUGUUGAGGAGCAAGGGAAUAACAACGAAAUUAUUUCAGAUGAUUCCUUUUCAGAUUCUGAACCUAGAAAGCCUAAAAUGCUAGCUACCCCGAAUGAACAAAAUGCUGGAUCGAAGACAAUAUAUACUAGAAACUUGUCUUACAGUGUGGAACGAACUGAUCUGGAAGAUCUUUUCAAAGAGUGUGGAGAAAUUGUUGAUGUUCGUCUUCAUACGGAUUAUGAAGGGAGGUUUAGAGGCUUUGGACACGUUGAGUUUGCAACAGCAGAAGCAGCACAAAAAGCUCUUGAGUUGAAUAAUUUUGUAUUGUUGCAACGUCGCAUUGCAAUUGGUAUAGCUCGAGAAAGGGGAGAAUAUACCUCCAAUAGAAGCAACUGGAACGACUUCCAUAAGUGUGCAAGAAAUCCGUCUCCAACUAUAUUUGUGAAGGGUUUCGAUAGUUCCCUUCCGGAAGGAAAGAUAAAAGCUAGCCUAGAAGAGCAUUUUGGUUCUUGUGGAGAGAUUGCAAGGAUAUCAGUUCCGGUAUUUCAUGAUUCUGGUGCUGCUAAGGGGUUUGCUCACUUGGAGUUCAAGGAUGUUAACAGUGCGAAUAAAGCUCUACAUCUUGAUCAAACUGAGCUCGGAGGUUAUCACUUGUUAGUUGAAAGAGCAAAGAAGACUCGACCUGAUAACCAGGGUAUAGGCAGUGACAGAGGUGGUGGCAGUCGUCAUGAGUUUCGUAGAUGGGAUGGAAGUGGCUAUAGCAGUAGAGCGGGUUGGGGAAUAAGUGGCGGUGGUGGGUGGCAUUCUUCAUUUUCUGAUGAAAACGCAGGGAGGAAGAACCACUUUUAUUGAUGAAGACUCUUGCAGCAGAUGUUGGAAAUUUUGGUUAAUUAUCUUUCAGUUUUGGUAAUUAAUGGUAUGAAGUCGUGAAAAUCAAGUGGAUUGGGAUUUGUGGAAUAGUGUCAAUCGUAUUGCUGUUGGGGUUACCCUGUCUCUGCUGCUGCGGUUUUGUUUCGCGAAACACAACGAUUGGGAUUGGAAUUGGAAUUGGAAAAUAGUGGUUGUAAAGUUAAACCCAACUAAAUUGUUGUAAGUUGUCAGAUCGAAUCCAAAACAAUUAGAAACUGAUCGAACCAAAAACUGAAAAUUUGAAUUUUUUUUUGGGGGUUGCUUUGACAUUUGAUUCAAACUAAGUUGAAUGGUACUUUUAUUUUGUAUCAAUUUUACUUGAUGGAUGCA